AUGCCCACGAAUCAAAGUCCUUCACCCUACAGAUAUUUCGCUUUCCUUACAAAUAAGACUUCACAAAUUUCCGACUUAACUAAAUCUAAAGAAAUCAUCCAAUUAGAAAACAAAAUGGUUGAAAUGAAAAUUCUCAUUACCUUCAGAUUAAUUCGAGUUGUCGAACCUCUAAUGCGCUUUCAAGGUGCUGGUGUGAAGAUGAAAGGAAGAAUAAUCAAAGCCAGCAAAGAUUGA